UCCUACAUAUGCUACCCCAGCUGUAUUAAAGAAAGCUGGGCUUGAAAUUAGUGAUAUUGAUGUGUUCGAGUACCAUGAAGCAUUUGCUGGACAGAUAUUGUCAAACUUGAAAGCUAUGGAUUCUGAUUUCUUUGCCAAGACCUACAUGGGUAGGCAGUCAAAGGUAACUGCACCACCGCUUGAUAAGUUUAAUCUGUGGGGUGGUUCACUGUCACUUGGACAUCCUUUUGGUGCUACUGGUGUGAGGUUAGCCACUACUGCUGCUCAUAGACUCAAACAUGAAGAUGGUCAGUAUGCUCUAGUUGCUGCCUGUGCUGCCGGUGGACAUGGUCAUGGUAUGAUUGUUGAGAGGUAUCCAUCAUAGGAUCUUUUCAUCUCCUGAAAUUAGUGCCACAACAAUGCAUGUAAAUAUUUGUUCCAUGCUUUUCAAAUGGAAUUAUUGAAGUACAAUUGUACAUAAAACACUCUGAGUUUACAAAGUUUAUGUCACACUUUUGCUUUUUACUGUUCUGGUAAACUGCUCAGUGGGUUUGAGGUGCAUUUGACAUGAAAUGUUUUGAUACUGGCUAAGUAUUAAAUAACUACACUGUAUGUUUGUGAGUUGAAACAUUCACUUGCAUCUGAAAAUAUGUAUGAAUUGAUAUUACCGGUAUACCAUUUUCAUGUAUCAGUUAGACAUUGUUACAUUAAAAAAAACUACAUUAAGCUGUAUGAAAACAUUUUCUAUCCCACCUAAUGGAUAUUGUCUAUAUAUCAGUUAGUGUCUAUGUUGGCAAAAUAUCACUAUGAGCAAAGUUCAAAUGGUCGUACUGCAUAUACUUCUUUGUUUGGAUUCUGUGAAAAGAGAAAAAACAUCAGGUUUAGUUUUAGCAGAGGUUAUUCCCUCUGUUUUAAUUUAAAUAAUUUGUGAAAGAAACUAUUCAUUCAUUCAUUCAUUCUGUUAUUAACUGCAUAUACAACACGGUUAUAAUUUAGCUAGCAACAAAUAAAACCCAGUUAAUAAUCAAUUCUUUUACAGUACUCUUCUUGAUGAUGUACUCUGUCACGUAUAUUUUCUAGGAAUAUAUCUAUGCUGUAUUGUAUUGCAUAUUUCUACUAUGUUAAUAUUCUCAUAUUCUCAGUGUCAUCAAAAGUGCUGAAUUCAAGAUGCCUGUCUAAACCAAACUAAACAAUAGACCGAGAAAAAAAGCACCUUAGUUUAGAUGCAUGGUUCGGUUUGGACAGAUUCACAUCACAUUAUAAAAAAAGCUAUGACUUUACUGAAUGGAAUAUCACCAUUAUUAUGACAUUAUAUCCUGCCUUUUGCAUUGUUGCAUAAUUUGGCAACUAAGCUUGACAUGUAUAUCGGCGAAUAAUGUAUUUAUUGACCAGUACAAUGAGUUGAACUUUUCAAAAAAUUAAGGCGUGUAUCUCAGAGAAAAUAAAAAAUACUUUUACUGAAAAAAAAA